AUGAAACCUCGCGCGGAUAUGGGACCCACAGGCAAGAAUCCCGUGGGCCUAGUUCAACCUACCGCGCUCCCAAAUUCCUUCGCCUCUGAGCCGACUCGCGACUGGUCGAAGGCACUUGCCCACUGGAGAAACAUCCGUGAGGCAAAGAAGGAUGACAUUUCCGAGUGUAGCACCAAUCUUUCGGCUUUGAACGCACUCAAGGAACACAUCGUGACGGCCCCUGACUUCCCCGAGAAAUCCGAAAUGACCGCGAUGCUUGAGGACCGCCUGUCAGUGGCCAGUAAACGUCUCGCUUCCGCGCAAGAAGAACAUCGGCAAGCAAUCAAAGCCGUCAAGGCAUUCAAGGCCCACACAGUCAGCCCAAAGCAACUGCUGCGCCAAAAUCUUUCCAUGAUGGAUGCAGUCUUGUUGCUACACACUGAAGAUCCCAACAUGACGCUUGGGGAGCUGCGCGAAAAGAUGUUGAACAAUGCAAUACUUGUUUGUUCCAAGACGCUGACGGUCAAGCUCACUAGCUCAGAUAACGAGCCUGUGACCAAGGUCGCGAAAGGCCCCAGCGCUUGUCGUUCUACUGCAACCAAGGACGACGCUCGUCCACUAGAAGACACUACCAACAAGCUAAAGAAGACGGCUCCACACGGAAAGAGUAACUUUUUCGAGCCUCCUUCGAAGCAUACUUCGACGCCUGUCAUCAAGUACAAGUCCGCCCCUGACACACUAGCAGCGCGCAGGACAGCCACUACUACGAAGACCACUAAGGUUUCUGGAUCCAACAGUCAGGUCAAAAAGCAUCACCAUGGAGACGACGAGCCUUCUACAGACGAGCCAGCUACCCGUCCCAGGGCACCUGUCGCCAAGAGGAGCUCCGGACAGGCGUUUGAGGAGACCACCGAUGGGCCCAGGAAGCGACAGUCCACCAACUCGGUUGAGAAGGCUGCUGUCGAAAAGAAGUCGAGCGAAAAUACGAAGCCGGUCGACACGCCUUCCAUGGAGCUUUCCGAGGCUAAGUCGGAGAGACUCAAUGAUUCUGAAUUAACAGAAGUCGUGAUGUCGGAUGCAUCUGUGAAGGCUACUUCUAAGAAGUCCAUCAAGCUUGAUGAUUACCUUGCACAGAAGAAGGCUGAAAAGGUUGAUACUACCCCGGAAGUCCAACACAGCACCAGCGCGACUAAAUUGAAGACCGGCAGUAGUGAUGAAACAGCUCCUGUAGAAGAACACAGAGAUGCUCCCCCAGUCUCCAUUAAAGAAGAGUCACCGCUGGAGGCUGGCUUCGACGUCGCGUCCGCACUUAUGACCUUUAAAGAAGAUGUCAGUGCGGAUGGAGCCAACAAGUCAGAGCAAAGGUCGACAUUAAGUGGAUCCAGUUCCCCGAUAGAGCAACAUGCGGUUCGCAAGCCGGUGGGUAGGAAGGGUGUCCGCAAGCCCGGCGACGCGGGUGUAGCGCUCGUCAUGAAGAAAGACAAGAAGACCAAGAAAGUGUUUUCGCCACCGAAAGCUGAAGAAAAAUCCUUCAUCGUAAACGAUGAUGAACCUCUUGAGGUCGACAUUGACGUUGCCGCGCGAAAGGCACUUGAAAAGCAGGGUCUUGCAACAGACGCCAUUAUGACAGGAACCCGUCGUACUGACAGUGGCUCCCGAUCUCAAAGCGAUCGAGGCCGCAAGCCCACUGCUAGCUCGUCUAGAGGAAAGAAGCAGAAGCGCAAGCGGGCUAAGGACGACGACGACGAGUCAACGCCUGCCAGGAAGAAGAUUAAUCGCAGGGCUGCAGUGCCUAGGGUACGUACCGCAACGUCAGUCUAUUCGGUACCAAGACUAACGAAAACACAAAUGCGCCAUGUCGCUCCUAUUGCAAAUGCCGAUGACAGAACCGUCCGUUCCGUAUUUGUUAGACCCGCUCCUUCGCUUCCCGCUCCAAGUACAGAUAUCGAUACCAUGGAUAUCGACUCUGUACCUGCGCUUACACCUGCGCCUCUCGCCCUAGCCGCCUCAAUCACCUACGGGCCUUGGAGGGCUGUUUGCGGGUCAGACGACGAGUUGUAG